AAUGCCUUAGCCUUGAGGCCAAGGAAGGUACCUUGCAGUUUCUCCACCCAGUCUUCUCUGAAAAGGAAAGUUAAGCCUUUUAACUUUUCCGUUUGCCUCUCCACCCCCCCCCACUAGUACUGCUGCCAGUUGCCAUGGCAACGGACUGGGACAGCUGCGCAGUGGCGCCCAGGCAGCUGGGUGGGGGCGGGGGAGCUGCCAGCCCGCCAAGCCUCAGACCUAGGAGGGGAGGCCCCUCCUGUUAGCCCAGAGGGAAGGAAAGAACUGGGGCGAUCCGGAACCUGGUGGCCUUAGUUCUUCAGGUGAAACAGUGUGAGACAUGGGAAAGAAAACCAAGCGGACAGCUGACAGUUCUUCUUCAGAGGAUGAGGAGGAGUAUGUCGUGGAGAAGGUGCUAGACAGGCGUGUGGUUAAGGGGCAAGUGGAAUAUCUACUGAAGUGGAAAGGCUUUUCUGAGGAGCACAAUACUUGGGAACCUGAAAAAAACCUUGAUUGCCCUGAGCUAAUUUCCGAGUUUAUGAAAAAGUAUAAGAAGAUGAAGGAGGGUGAAAAUAACAAACCUAGGGAGAAGUCAGAAAGUAACAAGAGGAAAUCCAAUUUCUCAAACAGUACUGAUGAUAUCAAGUCUAAAAGAAAGAGAGAGCAGAGUAAUGAUAUUGCUCGGGGCUUUGAGAGAGGACUGGAACCAGAAAAGAUCAUUGGGGCGACAGAUUCCUGUGGCGAUUUAAUGUUCCUAAUGAAAUGGAAAGACACAGAUGAAGCUGACCUGGUUCUUGCAAAAGAAGCUAAUGUGAAAUGUCCACAGAUUGUGAUAGCAUUUUAUGAAGAGAGACUGACGUGGCAUGCAUAUCCUGAGGAUGCGGAAAACAAAGAGAAAGAAACAGCAAAGAGCUAAAGGAGGGGGUGGUCUCUGUCAUUUCUCUUUGUACAUAAUACAUUCACCUCCCUGCCUCCUCUCCCUUCUACCUGCCCCUGUCUAUCCUAAACACAUCCAUAAAAAAUGUGCUUAUCACUGUGCUCCACAGGAGAAAUGUUGAUAUUGGUUCUCUUGUAACAUAACUGAUGGUCUGAUUCAUGAUAAGUGUCUCUGUGAAGACCAGGCAUUUACAUACUGUGUGUAAUUCCCACUACCUUUUCCUUGCCCUGUCUCUUCCUUCUGCUCUCCUGUGACCUCAAGAUGCAUUUUAACUUUUUAAUCUCCAUAGAGUCUUGGAUCUUUUCCAAGUUGGCCACUUUUUAGAUAGGGGGAUUUUGUUACAAUGAUGAUGAGUUUCGGUUUUUUGCUUUGGUUCUUAGAACAUGUUGAUGACUAGCUGGCCUUUGUUUUGAGCUGUUGGGAUGAAAAGGAUGCUGCCCAUCUUUUUAAAAAGCCAAUAGCAACUGCCUACCUUUUGGGGCUUUCCCAGUCUCAUUCAGCCCUACCCAGGAGAAUACAGGGCUCCUGGUGUGGUCUUCUGGGCCACCCUGUGUUCAUGCUUGCUUAUCCUCCCAGAAUAACUCCAUCCUUUGGAGGACUAGAAAGUUUACAGUGAAGUUUGUUGAGGCACUCCUUUAGCCCCAGGAUUUUUGGCCUUGUUUCUUAGCAAUCCCUUAUUCUGCUUCUGCAAGGUGGUGUCAGUCUGCCAUAAGAUGGCAAGAUUAUUAACUGGAGACUUUUAGCUAUCAUACAUGAGGAUGAUCGGGUAGGAUACAGUUGUCUUUAUUAUUAUCACAUAUGGUAUAGGUAUAUUAUUUUCUUCCAUCUCUCAUUUUUGGAAUAUAUAUUUAUGUAGGUGUGAGUGACUGCCUGGUGCUUGCUUGUGCCAAGGUGCUAGGCACCCUCUAACCCUGCCAACUUUUGUGGCCUCCCAAAGCAUUCCUGUUACCAAAGAGGCUUCAGACCUGACUCUCACUCCUCAGUGGACCCAAGUUGCCCCUUCGUGCCAUUAUUUUCAGUGGGAAUUUCUUAGAGGGGAGCCAUUGGCCACAAUAUCAAUUUUAAAUAUUCAUAGUGUUUGUUGUAGCCAGCAGUUUCCUGCUUUGUUGACUCCUGGAUUUGCCACCACGAGUCCCCAAAGUAUUAAUGCUCUUCCGUUUUUCUGCCCUCAAGCUCUUAGUUGUAUCAUAUUUUAAAAAAUGCAUUUCCAUGGAAAACUAUCACCUCAGAAAGUGACAGGCCCUGGCAUUUGCAUGUUGGCACAACCUUCUCUACCUUUUCAGCAAAAUAUUUCCUUUUUGGUUUCCUCUUGCUUUGCCAUUAUAUUGAGGUUAUUUUUCUGAACGUAUCCUUCUACUUUUGUCCCCCAAGAAAUGCCCUACUUCUCUUUACCCUUUUCUUCUCAUGGUUGAGGAGGGCUAGAGAAUCAGAACUAAAAGUAAGGAAAUAGCAGGGUUUUGAGCAUCUUUCUCCCAGCCUCAAAGCUGAGGAAAUAAGAAUAAAUGCUUGAAAUAGCCUUAACUCUAGAGUUCACCAGCCACUAAGGCUGUUUUUGUUGUUGCUUUUGAUUUUUAAAACAUAGCUGUCUGGCCAGGAGUGUUCAACCAUUUCUGGAUUAUUCAGAGUAAUGAGGGGAAUGGAUAGAUUGCUCUAGUCCACAGAUAAGCCAGAUAAUAUGCAAAUCAUAUACCCAUUCAUAGCAUUUGUUAACAUUGCUUCCCUGCUCAGCUGCUGAUUGAAUUCUGUAUGCUUGUAUAAAUUAUGUCAAAAAUUUUACUGCACAGUUGAGAAGACAGCUGUUGCUGUAGUGACAUGACAGACUGGAACAAUGAAACUUUUGGUUUAGGUCAUCUAGGAAAAUCCAUCUGAAUGGUGAUUUGAUUGGAUGAGAACUCAUAACCCAUACCUCAACUCGGUGAGAGUUUUAUCUCCAUCUUCCUUUAUUUUUUUUUUUAUUUUUUCCCAUAUAAAAAUUUAUAUAUACAUUGUUAGUGACUCUAGUUGCUCUCCGCAUACUGUGACAGCACAUUCCUCCUUUCCACCCGAUUCCCCAUGUCCAUUCAACCAGCUCCUAACCCUCUCUGCCUUCCCAUCUUCUUCCUUUACUUUCUAAAGGAAUUAAAGGCCUAAAUCAAGUGCUGGAUAAUUGACAGUUGUUAGCACUUAAUCUGAUGAGCAUCUUUUAAAAAAAAA